CACUAUGAAGGGGACACUGCUUAUGCUGGCCUUGCUGGUGACCCAGGAGCUGGGCAUCGAGAUGGUGAAAUCUUGCCCCAUUUUUUAUUCUACCUUUGGUACCCUGGCCAUUGGAAAGAGGUAUCCGCUGGACGUCAACCUUGUUGUAGUAGGUGCUACUGAACCAGAAAAAGAAGCCUUAGAAAAAAUCCAGGACUGCUACAAUGAGAAGGGACUUGUGGCCAAGGGCUUGGAUCUGAUUGUCAUGACUACCAUCACCACCAGCAACCAGUGCUUCUCGGAAGCCUUGGCCCCACUGAAGGAUGCCGUGGCCUCUUUGGGGAGAUGAAUCUUUGCCCCGGAUGCCCAGUCUGGGCUCUGUUCUUCACACAUGAAGCUGGAAUCCCGACACCGGUCCUCACCUCUGUCAGUCUCUCUCAGGCUCGCUGUAAUAAA